CCAGAUAAUAAAGUGAGCCUGCGAACAACCACAAAAUGGCGGAUACGGUUCCAUCUUUUGGUUACCCAAAAUUUUCCUUGAGUGAACCGCGAUUUGAUCAAAAAACCUAUUUGGGACGAUUGAAGCGUUGCCUUGAUGUCACAGAUCCUAGAACCUUGUUUGUCAGCGAGAAAAAGCUUCAAGACUCCAUACAGCUUUUGAAACAAUUUGAAAAUGGAACCCUACCUCAAGGAACAAGGGAUCAGAAGCUGUGGGAGGCAAGAAAAAUCAAGGAGGCCAUCAUUCAUCCCGACACAGGCCAAAAAGUGUUCAUGCCUUUCAGAAUGUCAGGUUAUGUUCCUUUUGGAACAGUUACGGUUGUGGGAAUGCUGUUACCUGCACCAUCAUUGAGGACAGUUAUAUUUUGGCAGUGGAUGAACCAAAGUCACAAUGCAGCAGUGAACUACUCCAACAGAAAUGCAAGCAAGCCAACACCAACCAGCAGAUUUUUGUUGAGUUAUUUUGGUGCUGUCACUAGUGCAGUUACAAUUGCGCUUGGGCUAACUACCCUGGUUAAAAGAGCAAAGAUUUCCAAUCUUUCCAUGAAAGCUUUACUUCAACGAUUAGUAGCUUAUCCAGCCACAGCAACUGCAAACAUAUGUAAUGUUGUACUUAUGCGAAACCACGAGCUUUUCACGGGAAUUGAAGUAAAAGACAAAGAUGGGAACGUUGUGGGAACGUCAAAAAUAGCUGCUCGAAAGGCUGUUUUUGAAACAACUGUAACUAGAAUUCUUCUUCCUUUACCCGUCUUGGUUAUUCCACCGUUUGUUAUGCAACUUUUAGAAAGGACUAAAUUUAUGAUAUCACGUCCCAAACUUCAUCUUCCCGUCCAAGCGCUAGUUUGUGUGGCAGCGUUUGGCUUUGGUCUCCCACUGGCCAUUGCUUUGUUUCCGCAAACAUCUGAGGUUUUGCCGUCUGAACUGGAGAGCGAAAUUCAGCAGAAGACAAAACAUUCAAAGCUUUACUAUAACAAAGGACUGUGAAACAACUGUGAACACUUUGAAAGUAAUCUGAUAUCUUCGUCAUUCAAUUUAAAAUAUACAAACCAAAAUGAUUUCAUCAACGCCUAUUCUUUUGACACAUCUAAAUGUUUGUAGAAAUUAUUAAAAUCUGCUCCAAGAGCAUCAGUGUAACCAAUUUUUAGAAAGUAAAUUGAAUUAUGCACGCAAAAUGUAUUUGUUAACGAAUCAAGGGGAGGAAAUGGUUUUUAGUGAAUUUCAUGUGAAAGGUUUGUACGAGGAAAACGCACUGACAAUUAAAAAACUUUAAAGAA